GAGAAAGUCAUUUUUAAGACGACGAAUGAGAGAUUGCUUAUAAAUAGAUGACUCUACUCUUUUCUAUCUAACCCAAAUCAACCUCUUCUUUCUUCCUUCCUGUCUUUCUUACUCCUAAAAUAUUAUAGUAAUGGCGAUGAAGCGUGUGGCCGUCUCUGCAUUUCAAGCUCUUUCUUCUUCAUCAUCAUCAUCAUCACCCCUCACUAGGCACCUCCAUGCUUCUGCUGGCAGCAAAAAGAUUGUUGGGGUCUUCUACAAGGCCAAUGACUAUGCUAAGCUCAACCCCAAUUUUGUGGGCUGCGCAGAGGGAGCCUUGGGCAUCCGGGACUGGCUGGAAUCACAAGGUCAUCAGUACAUUGUCACUGAUGACAAAGAAGGACCUGGCUGUGAACUUGAGAAACAUAUUCCUGAUCUGGAAGUUCUUAUAACUACUCCAUUCCACCCUGCCUAUGUAACGGCUGAAAGGAUUAAGAGGGCAAAGAACUUGAAGCUUGUUCUUACUGCUGGUAUUGGUUCUGACCAUGUUGAUCUGAAUGCGGCUGCUGCUGCUGGAUUAACAGUUGCUGAGGUGACAGGAAGUAAUGUGGUUUCGGUAGCUGAGGAUGAGCUCAUGAGAAUCCUCAUUCUUGUCCGGAACUUCGUACCUGGUCAUCAUCAGGUUAUCAAUGGGGAUUGGAAUGUUGCUGGUAUUGCUUACAGAGCUUAUGAUCUGGAAGGAAAGACGGUGGGAACUGUUGGUGCUGGACGUAUCGGCAAGCUUUUACUUCAACGGUUGAAGCCUUUCAACUGUAAUUUGUUGUAUCAUGACAGACUCAAGAUGGACUCUGAAUUGGAGAAGGAAAUAGGGGCCAAGUUUGAGGAGGAUCUUGAUACCAUGCUUCCCAAAUGUGACAUAGUCGUCAUCAACAUGCCUCUUACUGACAAAACACGAGGAAUGUUUGACAAAGAGAGAAUUGCAAAGUGUAAGAAGGGAGUCCUGUUUGUUAACAAUGCUCGGGGUGCGAUCAUGGACACACAAGCAGUUGUUGAUGCUUGCUCCAAUGGACACAUUGCAGGCUACAGUGGUGAUGUUUGGUACCCACAACCAGCUCCGAAGGACCAUCCAUGGCGUUACAUGCCAAACCAAGCUAUGACUCCUCAUAUUUCUGGCACCACAAUUGACGCACAGUUGCGAUAUGCGGAUGGAGUGAAGGAUAUGCUCAAUAGGUACUUCAAGGGAGAAGAUUUCCCAGCACAGAACUACAUUGUCAAGGAAGGUGAACUGGCCAGCCAGUACCGAUGAUCAGCGGCAUGUGAGUCUACUUGUUUUUGAGUCUCUUCACUGCUGACAUAAUAAAAAAACCAGAAUGGUCAUCAGAUAAUGUCUACUUUCUGGAAGCUCCAAACUGUUGUGUUAGUAAUAAAAGUCUGAACUCAUUAUGAGGAUAGUGUUUACUUGAUGGUCAAUAGACCCUCAAUUUUAUUUCUGUAGUUUCGCGUUUGAAGUGUUUUGAGUCUAGUUUUUGCAUAUGUUAUGUGUUUUGUCUGUGUGUCUGUAUUUGCCUACCUAACUGGGUGGAAGGAAUAAACUUUUCUUGAAGUUGUCUAACAAACGACAAUGUCUUAAAAA